AUGGUCUUUAUCUUCCUCUUCUCGCUCAGCAACUCGUACAUCAACACGACCGCCGCGCCGUACGUGGCACUCUACUGGACCAAGGUCGAGACGCUCAACACGGCGUUGACGAGCAUUUUGGGUGGCCUCGUCUUUGCGAGCGUGCUCGCAGCCACGGGCAAGUAUGGCACCCAGUGGAACUGGCGCUACGUGCUCGUGCUCACGGCCAUUGGUGCAAAUGUGAUUGAUGCGGUCGUGGUCUAUUGUACCAUCUACGACGUGCUCUGCAGUCAGUGGUUCUUCCUUGGCGUCCUGCUCACGACGCAGCUGCCGUUGGGCAUCAACUUUGUCGUUGGCACGUCUGCAUCAUCGAGCUCGCCGAAGAAGGCAGCAAAGGUGAAACAGCUUGCUCUCGCCAUCCGGACGGCGCAGACGACGAAGAAAAAGAACACGAACAAGAACAACGGCUUUGAGACGCCCGCGGCGACUGCGUCCAAGAAGACGCCGCGCACGGACGACCUCGACGGCGCGCCUCCCUCGAAGAAGGCCAAGGCCAAGGCGCCGGUCCCCGAGAAGCUCGUCGUGCCGCCCAAGCCGCGGACGCUCGCCGAACCGCUCCAGUCGACGACGCUGCGCACGGUCCCGCGUGCGCCGACGCCGGCAGAGCUCAAGAAGAAGGCGCUUUUGGCGCGCGACUCGGUCGACGACUCGGACUUGCCGCCGCUCGUCGAUGUUGACGAAACAGCUGGCGCGCUUGUGUCGCCGGUCGUCUCGCCGCGUCGUCACGGUUCCAGCCAGCUGGAUGUGGCGGCGCUCAUGCGCCAUAUGGCAGACGAGAACGCUCGGUCGAUGCGCCUCAUCUUGGAAGCCAGCGCGGCGCAGUCGCGUGUCCUCGCGGAGGACAACUUGCGGGCCGCGCGCGCUAUGGCCAACGAGAACACCGAGCAGUCCCAACAGCUCAUGCUCGCGAUCAUCGAUCGACUCGCUUUGCUACCGACGCCAGCAGCUGCUCCCGCGCCCGUGCACGAGCCGCUGGCUCCGAUGCAUGGUGGCGAGGCGAAGCUGCGCCACGACCGGUGCUAG